GGAAACAAUCAUGGAAGAAUAGAGACCAAUUAAAAACGCGAUUCUGGGGUCAGGGCUCUCACCCGUCCAGAGGGAAAACCGAGAGAGAGAGAGAGAGCGACUUUGCUUGAAGACGACGACGACAAAACAAGAAGGAAAGUUUCUUCUCAUUUCAAUCCGUUUUUUUCCCCUUUUUCUUUUCCAUCUUUGUAUGGUUUUCGAUUCAUCUUCAUCAUUCGUACACAAUCACGCCCAUUCCUCUUAAUCCCACGGCGGCUUUCCUUUUCCUUCUCCGAAAUUUCCCGCUGCUGUUUGGUUCCUGGGGAAAUUUUCGGGAUUCUCGUGGGGCCAUUUCAUCUGGGCAAUUGGUUACUCGAACGCCCAGAUGAGGUUUCGAGUGUAACAAGGACUGGAGAACGAAAAUUCGAGCCCUUUUGGCGAUUUGGAUUGAUUAGUUUUGAAGGCGACCAUUUGUGGAGCUUUGAGUGGGCUGAGGAUGGAGAACGGCCAUGAAGAGAGACUGGCCGAGAGAUUUUCGAGAGUGAGACUCAGUGAUUCAUCUCGCUCUCCCGACAAUGAUGUCAAGAACGACAGCUUGUUUCAGGUUAUCAAGGCUGUCGAGGCCGCCGAAGCCACCAUCAAGCAACAGGUCGAAGAGAACAGUCGCUUAAAGUCUGAACUUCAGAGAAAAAUAUUGGAGCUUGAGAAAUAUAAAUCAGACGAAUCUGUGGCCCAAAGAUCUAAUCUUGAAGAUCACUCGAAUACAACCACCGGUGGGUCUUACAUGGUUCACCAGUCAAUUGACCAUAUGAAGAGCACAGAUAAUGCUCCAGAUGCUGCUUCAUCAGGCAUGCUGGUUCUCCACCAACAUAUACAUCCUAAUGGUGAGGAGGCUACUGUGAGUGAUCAUGCUGAAGACCAUACUGAGAGAAACAUGGUUAAUGGCUCUGUCAGAGGAGCUCUAAGCGGUGCAGGACCCUCUCUAUUGUCUUCGACGUCUACAGUAUUGUUUUCUCCUGUAAGACCGCAUCUGGAAGGAGAUCGGGACUCAGAUGUUAACAUCUCUACUCAUGGAUUGAUGCCAGUGGCUGAAGUAAAUAGUUCAGGCAAUGCAUGGAAUCAGGAGCUCAUUCGCAAGAUCAAGGAACAGGAACAAGAGAUUAUGCAGUUACGGAAAUAUUUAGCAGAUUAUUCUGUCAAGGAAGCCCAAAUACGCAAUGAAAAAUAUAUUCUGGAAAAGCGCAUUUCAUAUAUGCGUUUGGCAUUUGAUCAGCAGCAACAAGACCUUGUUGAGGCUGCAUCAAAAGCUCUUUCUUACAGACAAGAGAUAAUUGAGGAAAAUAUACGUCUCACAUAUGCCCUACAGGCUGCACAGCAAGAGAGAUCUACGUUUGUGUCAUACUUGCUUCCCCUUCUCUCUGAGUAUUCUCUGCAGCCACAGGUGUCUGAUGCUCAGUCUAUUGUUAGCAAUGUGAAGGUUUUGUUUAGGCAUCUCCAGGAGAAGCUCCUUCUUACUGAGACAAAGCUAAAGGAGACGGAGUACCAAUUAGCACCUUGGCAGUCAGAUAUGAACCACCAACAUGCUUCCCCUUUGUCACCAUCCCAUCCAGUUGGUGUCGGAUUGGCAAGAAAAGAUGCCCUUGACUUGGUGCCUCGUCCCCAAUAUUCCGGUGAUCACCCAGCCACAGGCUGGGAUCUGGAACGCCCGCAUCAAGAUAAUUUAGAUGGUUCCCAUGUGAGAAAUUACCAUCCUGAUCAUCCUGGGAGGUAUUCACCACUUGAAAGCAAGUCAGCAGCCCCUGAGAUGCCUUUGCAACCGGAUUUUAAUCAAGAUGAACGUCAUGGACCAAAGCAAGUAGAAGACAGCAUACAUAAUAGGCAUGUUCAGUUUCGUGAGCCUCUCAGCCAGGCUGUGAUGGAUGACGGAGAUGCUGAAGGACAACCAGAUGCAAAAGAAGCUUCAGCAAAUUGGAGUUUGGGAAAUUCAUCUUAUGUGGCCGGUUUUGAUGACCCUAGCUCCUCAAAUUCUCCUUAUUUACCCCCAGUCAUGGAAGAGCCUUCAUCUUCUUUUUCCGAGGCUGCAGAUGAUGAUCCAUUACCAGCUAUAGAAGGCCUCCAAAUUUCCGGAGAGGCAUAUCCUGGUCGUGAGCUUCAAGCUUGUGGUUACUCCAUCAAUGGAACAACAAGUUGUAACUUUGAGUGGGAACGUCAUCUGGAAAAUGGAUCUUUUAAAUACAUUGAUGGAGCAAAUCAGCCGAAUUAUCUUGUUACUGCUGAUGAUGUUGACACAUACCUCGCUAUCGAAGUUCAGCCGUUGGAUGAUCGGAAGCGCAAGGGGAAGGUUGUGAGGGUCUUUGCCAAUGAGAAUCGGAAGAUUACUUGCCAUCCAGAGAUGCAGAGCCAUAUAGAGAAGACUCUCUACACCGGUCAUGCUUCAUACAAAGUAUCUUUAGCGACUGGUUAUCUUGAUAUAUGGGAACCAGCUACUCUAUCUAUCAAGAGAGAAGGUUACAAUAUCAAACGUAGUAGUGGACUCACAAACACAGAAAAGUUCUCGCCUUCUACUACUGUCGCAAUUCCCUAUGGACAGCCUGCAGAAUUUGUGAUAAUUGGCACUGAUGGUACUGAGCAUAUCCUACGAGUGGAUGAUGCCACAACAGAUCUUACCUGCUCAAGAGAUACAAUUACACUCACCCUGAGAUUAUUUAUCAUGAGGGCUCUAGAGAAAAGGAAGGGAAAGAAGAAAGGGUUUUUGUUUUGACAAAACGACAGAUUCAUAUAUAUCCUCGGACGGAGAUGGAGCCCAUCCUGAGUGAUUCAUUGUGUAAGAUUGGUGUAGCUGAUGAUGAACGAGAGCAUUUCGAACCCGGAUUUAGCCUAGGCAAAAGGAAUGAGCAAGAUAUCCCUUGUUCUGUGUAGUUUGUAUGUAUUGGCCUUUUUGUGAAAAAUCCAUUCAUGAAGCACCCACACUUUUGUUUGUCAGACAUACACAAGUCACAAGCACUUGGUUUACAUUCUGUCCCUUGUGAGUUUACAUUUGCCUGAAUAGAAAAGAAUCAUCUCUGGGAGUUUACA